CUGCAUUGAGUAGGCUGCCCAAUUUUGAGUGGCUCACGACUUCUGUUUGUAUCUGUUCUCUAUCUCGCUUGGUUUGGGCUGCAAUUUUGCUUGCUUCGACUGUCCACUGGCCGGUAGACGAAUCGGCCGACUGGAUCGGAGAUGGGGAAAGGGGGAUUAACCGGGGGGCAAGUAGUUCGAGAUUAGUCCCCAAAAAGUCCCUUGUGCGAGUCUAGAAGUAUAAGCAUCACUACUACUGUAGUGGUGCGUCGAAGUGAAGCCUAAUAAGCGCCCUUUUUCUCCUCGUCCGAUGGUGGUAUCUGAUGGCAUGUGAGAUGCAUCGUGGUUCCCAAAUGCUUUGGCUAGCUCAGGUAUCAUAGAUAGAGCUAUACUGGCUUCACGCAGCGUCGGCCGUUGAGAGCUACACAGAGGCAUGACAUACGUAAUGCCGCACUUUCAUACCCCAUUGCAAGCAACAGUAAGCAAUGCCUUUAAUCCUGCUUUGGAAUCCUUACAUAUUUGUAGGAUCGAAGUGCUUUGCUCUGCUGUUGGUUGCACUACUUUGUAGCACUAGUCCUAUGCAUUGCGUCCUGCAUGGAGCGCAAGAGCACCUCCAUCCAUUGCUUGCACGGCAUCCGAAGCAGCGUAAGAGCGAGGCUGGUCGCGAGCUGCCAUUUAAUUCCGGUGACGGGGGCACGCUGCACCGGGGCCGUUACGGGUCAGCGAGCGUCGCUGCGAAAUUCGGCCUGCGGCUUUCCGUAUUUGCGCCAGUAUACGGUACAGCGAGCCCGCCUUUGCAUACCUGUAUGUACUACUAGUCCUGCUAGUAUUGACAUCAUUAUACAAUCAAAUCGUCAGACAGCUUGAAAUCCAGUUCGAGUUCCCGGUCUUGGGCUGCGGUGUCCUGAGGAGAGUCGAAAAUGGUUUGCCGAUCCCUUGGCUGAUGCGUUGAAAGAGGGCGAUGAGCGGUGAUCAGAAGAGAUUUCAUACAUACAUUGGCU